GUCAAUUUGUUGUUUAUUGGCGUAUAGCGUCAUUUGCUGUACAUAGUGCACACGUGAUAAUGCGUGAAGUGGAUCAUAAAGAGGUUAUUGUAGCUGAGAUAAGGGCUGUUACGGUUUAGUGUAUGUUAUCAGAGCACUUGUUUUGUUUUUUUUGCCCUGCCGUUUUGCCCGCAUGGAGGCUGUUUGGGCUCGAAAGCUGAACCGGGUUAAAUAUCGCUCUGAUCGGUUCUGUAGUCUCCGUCUCGGUUUUCUAGACGCUUCUUUUGCACCGGAGAUGUGGAGUGAGGUGAUGAUAAACCCGGGCACAUGUUGAGUUAACGGAGCUUUCCGCCUCCAUUCUCUCCUCUUUUCUCCACUCUGGUUUCCUCUCCCUCCCAUGCUCUCUCUCUCUCUCUCUCUCCGCCGAUAGAUUCAGAAUUAGUGACCGCGUCCACAACGCCUCUUUUCAACUAUGGACUCGAGUAAAAUGGCUGUGAGCAUCAACAAGGCGAUUAACACACAGGAGGUUGCCGUCAAAGAAAAGCAUGCCAGAACCUGUAUCCUGGGCACCCAUCAUGAGAAGGGCGCUCAAACUUUCUGGGCAGCCAUCAACCGCCUGCCGAUCUCCAGCAACGCCGUUCUCUGCUGGAAAUUCUGCCACGUCUUCCACAAACUUCUAAGAGAUGGCCAUCCAAACGUCAUUAAAGACUCGGUGCGGAACAAGGCGGACCUAAAUGACAUGAGCAGGAUGUGGAGCCAUCUGAGUGAAGGCUAUGGGAAGCUUUGUAGCAUCUACCUCAGACUACUCAUCACCAAAAUGGAGUUUCACAUCAAAAACCCUCGUUUCCCCGGCAACCUUCAGAUGUCAAACAGACAGCUCGAAGAGGCGGGAGAAAAUGACGUCAAUAACUUCUUCCAGUUGACGGUGGAGAUGUUCGAUUACCUGGAGUGUGAGCUGAAUCUGUUUCUCGCUGUGUUCAGCUCGUUGGACAUGUCCCGGUCAGUGUCCGUGACGGCAGCGGGUCAGUGUCGCCUGGCUCCUCUGAUCCAAGUCAUUCUGGACAGCAGUCAUCUGUACGACUACACAGUCAAGCUGCUCUUCAAACUGCAUUCUUGUCUUCCAGCAGAGACACUGCAGGGGCACAGAGAUCGCUUCCAUGAGCAGUUUAAAAAGCUGAAGAGUCUCUUCUACCGUUCCAGUAACCUGCAGUAUUUUAAAAGGCUGAUACAGAUCCCACAGCUUCCUGAGAAUCCACCAAACUUCCUGCGUGCUUCGGCUCUGUCGGAGCACAUCAGCCCGGUGGUGGUGAUUCCAGCUGAGACCUCAUCCCCUGAAAGCGAGCACAUGGUGGAGACUGACGAACUCGUGGACACGGACAUCCCGUCCCUGCCGACUGCCGUGGAGAGCAGGUUCGAUGACCUCUUUGGCACCUCAGCGGCCACUGAUCCCUUCAACUUCAACAGUCAGAAUGGCAUGCGCAAGGAUGACAAAGACCGACUCAUCGAGCAGUUGACCGCAGAGCUCCAAGCCCUGAAAGAAGAGUUGGAGUCAUUUAGGCUGGAGAGUGGCCGUCUGUGCCAGGCCCUGCGGGGGCGUAUCAGCGAACUGGAGGCGGAGUUAGCAGAGCAGAGCCACCUCAAGCAGCAGGCCCUGAGCGAGAGUGAGUUCCUGAAGGCAGAACUGGAUGACCUGCGCAGGGUCAAAGAGGACACGGAGAAGGAACAGCGUAGCCUGACUGAGAUUGAAAGAAAGGCCCAGGCGAAUGAGCAGCGCUACACUAAGUUAAAGGAGAAGUACACAGAGUUGGUUCAGAACCACGCUGACCUGCUGAGAAAGAAUGCAGAAGUGACUCGGCAGAUGACGGUGGCCCGUGCCGCCCAGGAUGAGGUGGAGACCGUGAGGAGGGAGAUGGAGGAACGACUGAAGACAGCUCAGGAGGCAGUCAGCCAACAGGAGAAAACCCAAGCAGAGCAUCUCCAUGUGCUUCAGGCUGACCUAGUUGCCAGCAGAACAGAACUAGCAACCCUCCAAGCCAGCAUGGCUUCCUCCCAGAAGUCAAGUGAGGAGCUCAGUGUGCAGCUGGCUGCUCUUGAGAUGGAGAAGAAUGGACUCAUGGACUCUGUGUCACAGAAGGACGUGGAGUUGGCGGCUCUGGCGGUGGAGCUGGAGCGAGUGCAGGGCAGCUUAGCAAGCGAGAGGGAGAGUGGUGUGAAGGCUGCUGAAGCCCUACAGAAUCAGCUCAAUGAGAAGGAGAGUCGUGAACAAGCACUGGAGAGCGAGAUUGUUUCUGUACGCUGGGCGGCUCUGAGGGCAGCACUGGAGGAGGCAGAGAGGGUUGUCCAGGACAGUCUGGCCCAGUUGGAUGAGCCUGCGCACAUAAGCUGCACCAGCUCAGCCGAUUACCUUAUAUCCAGGUGCCAGACUGCAGUAGAGUGUGUUGACCGAUUACAGUCAGCUAAAGACCGCUUCGCAUCUGAUGACACAGAUGUGACCGAGCUGGUACGGUCCGUGGCUCAGCUGGCCCACCUGGUGGGUGAUACCAUCAUACAAGGCAGUGCCACUGCACACAUGGUGUCGGUGGACCAAGCUGAAGCAGCACUAACAUCUUGUGUGAAGAUAUGUGGAACCGAAGCCCUAGCUCUAAUGGCUCAGCUGAAAGAGCAGGACUCGCUGGCUACAACAGACAGCAGUGCACUCAGAGCAGCUCUGGACAACGUGCAGGUCACAGCGCAGAAGUUGCGGCCGCGGGGUUUGGAGCUGCAGCAGGGAGAGCUGGGAGAUAUGGUGGAGCAGGAGAUGGCAGCCACCUCAGCAGCUGUGGAGUCUGCUGUGUCCAGAAUAGAGGAAAUGCUGAACAAAUCCCGAACGGUCGACACCGGCGUCAAAAUGGAAGUGAAUGAAAGGAUUCUGGCCUCCUGCACAGAGCUCAUGCAGGCCAUUAAAGUGCUGGUGCUGGCCUCUAAAGACCUGCAGCGUGAAAUUGUGGAAGACGGCAGAGGGGCAGCAACAAUAAAAGAGUUCUAUGCCAAGAACUCCCGCUGGACCGAAGGCCUCAUCUCGGCGUCCAAGGCUGUGGGCUGGGGAGCCACUGUGAUGGUUGAUGCAGCUGAUCUGGUGGUCCAAGGAAAAGGGAAAUUCGAGGAGCUGAUGGUGUGCUCACAUGAGAUAGCCGCUAGCACAGCUCAGCUCGUAGCUGCCUCAAAGGUGAAGGCAGACAAGGACAGUCCCAACCUCGCUCGUCUGCAGCAGGCGUCUAGAGGAGUCACUCAAGCUACCGCAGGCGUUGUGGCUUCAACCAAGUCUGGAAAAUCCCAGAUUGAGGAAACUAACACUAUGGAUUUCACCAGUAUGACACUUACACAGAUCAAGAGGAAAGAAAUGGACUCCCAGGUGCGUGUGUUGGAACUGGAGACGCAGCUGCAGAAGGAACGGGAGCGUCUCGGUGAGCUGAGGAAGAAACACUACGAGCUGGCCGGUGUGGCUGAAGGUUGGGGCGAGGAAGAGGAGGGAACGGGAUGAGGCGUGUCCCCGGUGCAGUAGCCCAGACCGGGCUUGUGCCUGCUCUCUGGCACUCACUUGUUCUUCGACGUCCCUCCCCCUUCUCUCUUCACACUCUUCAGACCUUUUUAUCCUUUAAUGACGAAUGAAAAGCCAAAUAAAAAGGUGCUUUUACUUUAACCCUGCUCCUCUUCCUCUUCCUCCUCGUUGCGGAGUAAGGACACUUACAGGAGGAGACAAUGUCACCUUAAGAGGAGGACGAAGCCUUAAAGGAAGCAUGGAACGUAUUUGGAGCACCCCCUAGUGGCCAGAGGGAAAAUGCACCAUCACUGACCUGCCAGCCUUUUUUUAUUCCCCCCCCCCCCCCCCAUCCACUACCUCUUUUUUUUUUUUGUUUGUUUGUUUGUUUUCAUUCAAAAUUCCAAGACGACAUGCGUCACACGAGGCGAGCGGGAAUUACUGACACUGUGCCGUGAGCUUCCGGAUCGGCCGCUUCCCAGGCGGCAGCAGCAGCAGUGUGUGACUUCCACCACCUCUUCCAGAACUCAUUCCUCACGUUGUGGACAAACACACGCCCCUCAGACCAGCUGCUGAGCCUUCUAUCAACCAGCCCCCUGCCAACCCUCCUCCCUCCCUGCAGUGGCCUUGCUCCAGACUCUGAGCUGAUGGACUUGAGUGUACGGCUCACGAGAGGCUUCCCUCUGCACUAACACUAGCGACUGUCUACAAACCGAACUAAUCGCAGCUUCUCCUUCCCUUGCUCCCUCUGCGUGUAUGUACGUGCAGUGUUUUUAUUUCACUUGGUAGUUUUUUAACCCUGCUUCCUGAGCAGUAGUGUUUUUUUUUCUUUUUCUCAAGAGUAGCCCGACUGGGCUUUUUAACCGUUUUAAAAUGUUUCAGAUCCCAUUUUUGGUUAAAGGGAAUGAAUUAUAAUCCCGUGUUCCCAUUGUGUACACGCGAUCUGUCAGCAACGACGUGGACCAUGACGCGUCUCAUCUAAUUUCAUGUCCAUGGCUGAAAACAAAUGGACUGUUUUCAUGACCCUCUGCUGCAAAAGGAGGAUGGUUUGACAAGAGCAGCUAGGACACUGAGCUCUUUUCAUUCUCCUCGAGUAACCGUUUUCCUCUGGUGCCCUUAGAUGACAUUAGCAGCGCCGCUGGUAGCCUCUAUUCGCACUCUGAUCAAGUGUUAAUACCACCGGUGUGUACGUUGACUUCCACUUUGUACUUCCUUUUCCACGUCCACACGCAGGACAUCAGCACAUGCGAGGAGAGACAUCUGUGCCUUCCAAAAGGUUAAAGUUCACAUUCCCUCAAUAAACCUUUAAUGGCUGUAGCCUCGGACUGGUAUUAUGAAGGUCCGGUAGCCCGGUUUGGUGAUGCCUUAUGUGGAAAUACACUCUGGUGAGUUUUUUUGUCGAUUUGAAUGCAUUUGGAGCUUCCAGCACAAUUUCCUCGAACUGUGUGGUCCACAGAGGGGACACUCGGAGACGAGAGGGACACGGCGAACGUUUUAAAAUAGCGAUAUAAAGUUGUGCUACUCCCCAUAACCCUCCUUGCUAAAGCAAUCUAGACCAGAUAGCCUUGUAGACCACCACUGUUUUAUGAGCACAGCCUACAGUUGGGCCCCCCCAGCCCCCCCGAAAAACAGCUCGGCUUCAAUAUUUCCAAGUUUUAUGUCCUUGCAGGAAGUCUUCAUGUACCUCAUCCUCCACAUAAAGCAAAGCAAGCAGACAAACAUGGGUUCAUUUAGCAUUAACACUGAGAUGUGUGCAAGUAACAGAAAGCUAUUAUACUAAUGCCAGGUGUGAGAUGACUGUGUGUGUGUGUGUGUGUGUGUGUGUAUGAGAGAGAGAGCGAGUGAGUGAGAAGGCCCAACAUGUGUUUCUAAGUCUUUAACACUUCCACCCUGUCCUGUUGCACUGCUUUUGCUGUUUUUUGUAAGUUGUAACACUGGGUAUUUAAUUGAAUCAGUUUAUUGACACCACCACAUGUUUUUUCCAGUCUCACCGUCUGUUCUGGUUCAUGUCUUAUAGUCUUACCAGCCUUCCAACUGCCUCUCACUUUUAGACAGUCAGAUAUAUGAUAUAUGAAAUACUCAGUAACAUUUUUUGGACAAUAUCUUUGUAUGAUGUACUAAACUGAGUGUGUGUUUAUUUCUUUUUCUUCUUUUUUUUUUCCUUCAAUAAAUAUAGUAAUGUGUUAAAAUAUUAA